GUUUUAUUAUUUGAAAUAGUAAUCUGCUUUUGACAUUAUAACGAGACCAACUAAUUGAAACAACAAAAUCGCCAUGCAUUGAAAUUUUCGCGAAUUUUUUGUUAGGAUUUUCAAUUUUUCAUUUCAUUAAAAAAAAUUCAAAAUGACUGUUGAUUUUCAAAAUCAUUUUUGGGGCGAUAAACAAAGUGGAUUCGAUGUCCUUUAUCAGAAUUUAAAAUUCGGCUCAUCAGCUGUGAAAGAAUUGUCCGAAUUGUUGCGAUCACGGGCGUUUCUCGAAGAAUAUAACAAUAAUUUUCUGACAAAAUUAUCUCGUAAAGCAAACAGUCCACAACUCGGUACGUUCCAGCCAAUAUGGCAAAUGUUGAAAUUAUCAACCGAAAAACUUUCUUCAGUUCAUCUGGAAACAUUACAACGUCUAAAUCAAUUGAUCAAAGAGAUCAAUAAGUAUAGUGAUGAACAUCAUCGAAAACAGAAGCAGAUAAAAAACGAAGAAAUUUCAACAAUCGAAGCUAUCAAUGAGCUCAAAGAAACGGUGACUGCAUUGAAUAAAGCAAAAGAAUUUUAUUAUUCCAAGACGGUCGAAAUUGAUCGAUUAAGAAAAGAGAAUGCAUCACAAAAGGAUAUUGAAAAAGCCGAAACCCGAGCAAAUAAAGCAUGUGUUGAAUAUCAAAAUCUUAUUGAAAAAUAUAGAAAAAUCAAAGAGGAUUUUGAAAAAAAAUUUUGUCAUUCAUGUCAAAAAUUUCAGAAAAUCGAAGAAAGUCAUAUCAAUGAAAUGAAAAACUAUUUGACAAUUUAUUCUGAAAUACUCGAAAGUGGCCAUGCACUCAUGGGUCAAGUUUAUAAAGAAUUUCGGCAUAAUUUUACCGAAUUGUCUACAACAAAAUUAUUGGAAACUUUUAUAAAUUCAAAAGCAACCGGAUCGAAUCGACCAGCUGUAAUAAAUUUUGAAGAAGCAAACCUUACAAAUUCGGCUAAUCAAAUUUCGAAUCAACAGCAAUCGGCUGCGAAUUCCAAUACGGCCAUAACUGCUACAACGAUGUCCGGAACUAUCAAAAAAGAUUUAAUUCAAUCGACUACUGCUACCAACACAAACGUUAAUAGUUUAUUCAAUUCAUCCAACUCAUUUUAUCACUCUAAUGACAUCGCCGAUUUGUUUCCAACAUCAACACAAUCAUCCAAUUUGAAUGAUAAUCUUAAUAAGGAAAACAAUACAAUUAAUAACAACAAUAGUAAUAACAGUAUUAUAGCCGAUUUUGCUGAUCAUCAUUUGACGAAUUCAAUUAAUAAUCACUUGUUGCCUUUAAAUUUAUCACAAUCAUCAUCGUCUUCUAUUCAACCGCCGCCGUCUAUAUCCGUUACUUCGAAUCAUAAUUUCAACAAUAAUAAUAAUAGUAGUAGCAAAAAAGAUGAGCCAGAAAAAUUGGCCUAUGACAACGAUUCACUCAAAAGUUAUCCAAAAUGUUAUUCAACAAUAAAUUCAUUAGAAGGUUUUGUUUCCCAAUCAAAUCAUCAUAUGCAAAACAGUGCAAUGAUCUGUGAUACAAAAUCAUCAUCAAAAGAUCACCAUAAAAGUUUUCCUGAUCUUAUUCAUCAUCAUCAUCAUCAUCUUACGCUAAGUCGUACGCCUAAAUGGUUUCUACGAGGUCGGAAAGAUAAGAAAAACAAAAAUAAACAAAAAAAUUUAGAUGAAGAAUUGAAUAAUAAUUCAAAGAUUGGUAUCAAAUCGGACAGUACUGGUGAUGCAAGUUUUAUGUCAGCAAACGAUAUCAAUAGUACUCACCGAAAAGAAUUGAUGAUAGAUUCGGAAGGCUAUACAAUUCGACCACCAGAUCCAGUGAAAGAUGAAAGUUUUUCCAGUAGCGAUUCAGAUUCCGAUGCGGAUGAAAAAGAGAAAAAAAUUUUUGUUAAAAUCAAUCCAUUGUCUGCGGUAACUUCGUCAUCAUCGGUCGACAAUCAACAAUUGGUGCUUAGUGCUGCGGCUCUUACAUUGGCACCAUCAUUAAACACUAGCCGUCGUUCACGUGAUUCGGUUAAUCCAUCUCCAUCGAAUCAAGAACGUUCAACGCCAUCAAUUGCUAAUUCAAGUCUGAAUAAAACAAACAAUCUUUUGAACUUGUUUUCAGACCCACCGAAAACGUCAAUUGAUUCGAAUGUCAUGUCAAAUAUAGUAGCACAAACCAGCGAUUCAUUGGUCACACCAAUAACGUCUACCAAAAUUGACCGUUAUGCUGCUUUUAGUGAAUUAUCGGAAACAACCAAUACUGUACUAAAAACAAGUGAUGAAGAACCAAUCGAGGCAUCCGGUACUACGACGCCAACUUCAUCAACAUUCAAUGUUCUACCAUUGCCGCCUAAAAGUUCUGAUACAAAUUGCCAUUCGGCAUCAGUGCCAUCAUCAAUAUCUGGAUCGAUUUUGACAACGACUUCAAACUCUUUGAACUUAUCGUGUUUAAUGGCCAAAUCUACUUCGGCUUCCUCAUUCAAUACAAAUUCAUUCAGUGUCUUUAAGCCUCAACAACCAACACCGCUUCCUCAACAUCAACUAUACAGAUCACAAACAUCAUCAACAUCAUCUAUGACUAUGAACGGGAUGAUGUCUCGAGCCGAAAGUAUGAUUUCUUUAUCUAGUGAUUUUCGAAUGACACCGAUAUCGCUUUGUUCAUCACGUGAUUCAUCACCGUUAACCAUUGGAAUGUCUGAUACAAUUCCUGUUGCUUUAGCUUUUCAAGAAUCCGUUGGGUCCUGUUUCAAAGGUGUUGAUGAAAAUCUUUCUAGGAUAACAAUAAUUGGCUGUAUUAAGAUUGCUUUUUCAGCCGGCAUAGUACAGAUUCUAACCUCGAAUCCUUAUUUACCUCAAUUGACAUUCAAAUUAAAGCACGCGAAUCGUUUGGAAAAGAUUAUUCUUUCGAAUGAUCUUGUUGUAGAAGUUGAUACGAAAGAUGAUUAUAUUAUUUAUGAAAUGAAUAUGAAUAAUCUACAAUCGACGAUCCAACGCUUGCACAAUCAAUCACCGAAUGCUCGAUACUAUAAUCUAGAUAUAAUAAAAUAUCAAGCUCAUUCGAAGUAUGGAGCGAAAAAUGCUCCGUUACAAUUAGUUUCUCAUUGGAAAUGUGAUGAAAACCAUACAAAUUUGAAAAUUGAUUACAAGUAUAAUCCAUCAGCUUUUGUAGUAGCUCCACAACCAUUACGAAAUGUUCUGUUUACGGCUAACAUCGAUUCGAAUGUUAUUUCGAUGGUUUCGCAGCCGUUUGGAAAAUGGGAUUCACUUACUAAACAAGCAACAUGGAAAUAUCCGGAAAUAUCACAAACGACCGAAAAUUCUGGCCUUGGUUCAAUCAAAGCCAAAUUCGAUAUUGCCAAUGGUGGUCCUUCCUGUCCAUCAUCUGUCUAUGUACAAUUUCAAUGUAUUGAUACUAUUCUUUCGGGUGUGGAUUUCGAACUAAUUGGCAACGGAUUUCGUUUAUCAUUGGUCAAACGACAAUUUUGCACUGGUCGUUAUUAUUGUGAACCAGGAACCAUAACAAAAUAGCAAUAAUUAGUGAUAAAUUUAUUUUUUUU